AACUGUAAACAUUGCGACUGCAGACUAGCGGUUGACCCAGACGUGCAUUCUCCCGGCCUACUGUGAUUGUACUAAAGUGAGGCAAUAAGGCGUUCGCAAUGAUAGGAGUAAAAGUGUUCGUUCAAGUGUUACUUAUAUCGUUUGUAAAGAAUGCCGCAGGAAAAGACUUUUACAGCUACGCCGUGAAAGACCACGAAGGCGAAGACUUUUCGCUGGAGACAUACAGGGGCAAGGUUACACUGGUUGUAAAUGUUGCCAGUCAUUGUGGAUAUACUGAAGCAACAUAUCGAGCUCUUAAGAAAUUACAUGACAUUUUAAGUUAUGGAGAUCAUUUUUCAGUCUUAGCAUUCCCUUGCAAUCAGUUUGGAGAGCAAGAGCCUUUGGAUAUGCCAGAGAUCAUCAAUUUUGUGACUUCAGAAUAUAAUGUAGAAUUUCCCAUCUUUAAUAAAAUAAAUGUCAUUGGUGAGGAUGCUGAACCAGCCUUUAGGCAGCUGACAGAUGAAUCCUCUGUGGUACCUGACUGGAACUUCUACAAGUACCUUGUUGACGAGACUGGUCAUGUCAUUGAUGCUUGGGGUACAGCAACUACUAUAGAAUCUAUCUUUGACGAAAUUAAUUUUGCUGUGGAAAAGGCCAAAGAAAAGAGCAAAUCUACACCACCAGCUACUGAAAAAAAACAAAAACCAGCCAGUGAAGCAGAAAAGAACAAAGAUGAGUUAUGAGCCUCAAGAUUACAGCCAAGCACACAAUUUUUCCUUUGUGAUCUGACAACUUUUUUUUUAUGUAUAAGUAGUUAAUAGUGCUAUAUGUCAAAUGUGUAAGUUCAUAGGUUUUUCUUACAUUUUUAUUAGGCAAACAGUGUUAUAAGAUUGGCACAGAAGCUUAAAGACUUUGGUUUUUACCUUGGUGAAUGUUCUUUGAUGAGUAGUAACUGAAAAUGUCUUUUGGAAAUAAUUCUUGGUUUGAGACCUGCUUACUAUCAGUAUUACUUGGCAUUUUUAUACACUUAAUGGAUUAAUGUUCUUCAGUCCAACUACUUCAGCCAAAAAUGUAGAUAGUGAACAUGUUAAAAUGACAGAAAAAUAAUAGGACAUACUGUAAAUUCUCAUGCUCUGAUACCACAUAUAGCUCUUCCAAAGUAGGUGAAUGGAGUCUGGGAAUAUUGGUUAGGCUAAAAGUGAUUAUUAAUAGAAAUUAUGUUAACAGGCUAGCAGAUACUGUGAGAUUGUUAGGACUUCCAUAAUGGCCUGCAGUAGUGUUUUAAAGAUUUACAUGCUGGGAAGUUUGAACUGAAGUUUUAACACUUAAAGUUAAAUAAUUUGAACAUAAAAAAAGAAUCUCAUGAAACCAAAGGUAAUUAAAUUGAUUAUAAAAAACAUUUGACUAAUUUUCUGUUGGUAUAUAUUACUGUUCACGUUAGUUCUUCUUUGAGAUUUUUUAUCCUUCAAAAAGAUGAGAAAUAUGAGUUUUGCUUUUUAUACGUGUAAUGGAAUUUAUUUACUUUAUUAUGAGCACAACACUUUCCUGUUACUGUAUGUAGCAGUAUUUUUUAAAUCUUUGGGCAUUUUCGAUAAUUUCAUUAUGAUUGUCAAAUGGCUUUGUUUAUCAUGAGUAAGCCUAUAAUUUUUUCUAUUUUUGUUCAAAAGCUACUAUAUAGUCUUUCAUAAGGACAACUGUAAGUAGUGACAAAGAAAUUUAAUGUACAGUGGGCCCCCCGUAUUCGCGUUCUCCGAAUUCGCGGAUUUCUCUCCGGAACGUGUUUACCAAUUAUUUGCAGGAAAUUCUCCUAUUUGUGGUAUUUUUCUAUGAGAAAUGUCCAGAUUUUCUUUUUUUCUUUUAGCAUUAUCAUCGUAAAAUGCACUUUUUGUGAUAAAAUUAUUAAAAAAAACCGGGUAUAAAAAUGUUUAGUGGGGGUUUUCUUGACUUUUCCCUUCCAAAAUAGGUCGUUUUCAGUGUUUUUGUAGGAGUUCCAACUAUUCGCGGAUUCUCACUAUUUGCGGGGGUGUCUGGUACACAUCCCCCGCGAAUACAAGGGGACCUCUGUAUAUGAUCAAGAAAAAGUAAAUAUUUUAUAAGGUAACUUUUUCAUACUUUGCUAUAAAAAGGCAGUUAUGUGUAUUAAAUGUGAUUUUGUCAUUCUAUUUACACUAUUAAACAUUCCUAAGACAAUUUUCCAUACAAUUUUAAAGUUUAUAUUUUGGAUAAAUGCCCCUGUAAUUGCAGCUAUUUUAUAAUAAUAUGUAUGUGGACCAUUACUUAAUUCCAUAAAUUAUUAAAAUGUUGCAGGGUGGUGCAGUAUAUUGCAUUUACAUCAUACAUGACAACACAACAUGAAGCAGAAUUCUCCACAUAAAAUGUUUGUACAUUUAUCUAUUCCUUUCAGAAUUCAGACACAUUGGACUGUUUCUGAAUUAGUUCAAGAACAGUAGUACAAAACAUACAUAUACAAAAUAAUUAUUUAGGUCUGCUCAGCAUAUGUAAAUGUAAUAUACAUAUGCUGAUCAGACCUAAAUAAUUAUUGUAUACGGUAUGUAUUUAUGUAUUGUUUUGUGCCACUGUUCUUGAACUAAUUCAGAAACAGUCCUAUGUGUCUGAAUUCUGAAAGGAACAGAUAAAUGUACAAACAUUUUAUGUGGAGAAUUCUGCUUCAUGUUGUGUUGCCAUGUAUAAUGUUUAAUAUUUUUAGACUGACCUAAUUUAUACAUUUCCUAUUUUUACUGAAUAUAAAAUUGAGCAUUGGCA